UCUGUCAGUAUAUAUUACUUGGGUUGGUAGGGUUUUCAUCUCUUCUUUCUUCUGACCCUCAUCAUAUAAUUUAGAGGGAGGGGGAGAUAGGAAGAUGAAAAAACUUAUGCAACAAGAAGUGGCAUAUGAUCACAAACAAAAUGAUGAUGAUGAUGAUGAUGAACUAAUUCUAAAGAACAACAGCCAACAGUUUGUAAGGAUUACGGAAGUACCUGAGCUUUCUUUGUCUCAAACACAGCCUGAUCAGCUUAUUUCUGAAUACUCCUCCAGUCUUUGUAGAAAGAGAAAGUCCCAGUCAGAUCAAACUAGUGUUGAUCUUCAUCUUCAAGAUCCCUUGCCAUUGGAUUGGGAGCAAUGCCUUGAUCUUCAAUCAGGAAGAAUGUACUAUCUAAACAGAAAAAGCUUGAAGAAGAGUUGGGAGAGGCCUAAGGAGCAAAAGCUAGACCUUGAGCUCAACAUCUCAAGCUUUUCUCAACAAUGCAAUGCCUCAGAAAAGCUUCAAGGCUCAAAGAAGCUCCAAUCUUCAAGAACUAGCACUAGCACUAGUAGUAGUAGUAGUAGUAACAUGGUUGCUUUGGCUUGUUUGAAUUGUCAUCUACUUGUUAUACUCUCUAAAUUAUCUCCAUCCUGCCCCAACUGCAAGUAUGUCCACUUGCUACCAAUCCAACAACCACCACCACCAUCUAAAGUCGCAGCCACUGUUGUCAAGUCGUUGGACACCUUAAGCCUCUUGAACUAAUUGAAUCGAGGUGCCAACGCAUGUCAUAACCAAAAUCCCCACCCAAAAAGAGGAGGUGGAAGCACUAGAUAGUUGAUAAGAAUCAACUCUUUGGUAUUACCAUGCUAUGUUUGCUUUUGGAUGAUGUAUCUGAAUAAGUGACUAAAAAUACAAUAGUUCUCUUUUUUUACUUGAUAUAGAUUCCCAUCUCGAGGUGUAAAAUAGGCCCAACUGUUCUUCAUGUUGGAUUGGUCAUGGUUCGGUUUCAAUCCGUGUCAGAGUUAUGUCAUGCAAAUUGAGCUAGUUUGUGCCUUAUGCAAUGUCAUGCCCAAUCAUGCCAACAUUUAUAGUCUCUAAAAUAUGCAAU